AUGACAUCUUUCGUUGUGCUUAUUAACAACAGCGACGAAGAAUCGGCUAUUUGCGAGUUGGUAGGUGUGGAUCGAUGGCCAUGUGAUGAUGGACGAGGCAAUAUUAUAAGAACUGCAUAUUGCGACGGAAGAGAGGAUUGUGCAGAUGAAUCUGAUGAACGCUUCUGCCGGUGCGCUGAAGACGAAAUGGAUUGUCUUGCUUGGCCAAAGUCAAAAGAUAUGCAAUGCAUUCAUAAUAGCCGGGUCUGCGAUGGGUAUUCUGAUUGCGAAAAUGGACUCGAUGAGAAUCCGAUGCGGGCCAGAAUUCAUGUAUCUUGCUCUGCUUUUGUUCAUUUGCAUUCCGAUUUUUGGAAUAUUAUGUUGGUGUUGUAUGCGACAAAAAGCACCAAUAAUGUCGAGAUAUGCAAAUCCAGGGGCCCAGACGAUAUUCCUCAGCCAAUCAGAACGAACACCAAGAAAUGUGGAUAUAUCGUUGGUACUUAUAGUAUCGCUGAUAUUGGAUCGACCUAUGCUCCACUUCCACCGCCCGAUCCAAAUCCACACGCAUCUUUUAUGACUGUCUGCCGCCCACCAUCGCAUCAUGGUCAAUAUAUUUCUUUCUAUGCGCCCCCGCCAAGUGCGGCUAGCUUCUCGACCUAUGGUGUUGUCAAGCCGGUCGUUUUCCGGUCUUCUUCUAGAUCGAAUAAGUUGAAGCACGGGAAUCAUAGCCGCGAUUGUGACUCCUUUGAGUGGAUUAUCCAACCGAAAUUCCUAUUGAUGCUGAAAGUUCUAGCGAUAGUCAACGGGUAUCAAUUUUUAGUCGAAUGGAAAACCGUACCAAAAGCCGAACUAAACACCGAAAAGACCGACCAUUACUUGCACCUUCAAAUAGCCUCUUUGAACCUGCCGAAGACGCCGGCGAAACUAAAGAAGGUGAUGACUGCUGGCGGGUUGAAGGACGUG